GAUCGAUCACGAGUGACUCCCGAAUCUCCCGCAAGAUCGCCGAUCUCUUCACGCCAUCGCCUCUCCUCUCUCUCUCUCUCUCUCUCUCGCUUCCUUGGAUUGAUGGAGGUCGAAGAUGUGGGGAUCGGCUCGAGCCGCGCCGCGAAUGGGCCGAUGGCGGGCGAUGGCAGCGGAUCCGCUCUGAUCUUUCUGGGGACCGGGUGUUCGAGCGCCGUCCCCUAUGCAACGUGCCUGAUCCAGCCGUCGGAUCCGCCGUGCGGCGUCUGUUCUCAGUCGCUUGUGCUCCCGCCGGAUGCUAACCCUAAUUACCGGUGCAAUACAUCCCUUCUUAUUGAUUACUGCCCGAACAAUACUAAGCAUAGCUAUAUAUUGAUUGAUGUUGGGAAGACAUUCAGGGAGCAAGUACUUCGGUGGUUUACAUUGUAUAAGAUUCCCCAUGUUGAUUCAAUAAUCUUGACUCAUGAACACGCUGAUGCAGUUCUUGGUCUGGAUGAUAUUCGUGCCAUACAGCCUUUUAGUCCCACGAAUGACAUUGAUCCAACUCCUUUAUACUUGAGUCAGCAUGCAAUGGACAGCAUUGCAGAGAAAUUCCCAUACUUGGUUCGGAAGAAACUUAAGGAAGGUCAGGAGGUGAGACGAGUGGCACAGCUUGACUGGACAAUUAUUGAGGAAAAUUGUGAGAAAUCAUUUGUUGCUUCAGGCCUCCAAUUUUUUCCUCUACCGGUUAUGCAUGGAGAAGAUUAUGUAUGCCUUGGAUUUCUUUUUGGAGAAAAAUGUAAGGUCGCUUACAUAUCUGAUGUAUCUCGCUUCCCCCCAAGCACAGAACAAGUUAUUUUAAAAAAUGGGGAUUGGCAGCUGGAUCUUCUUAUCUUGGACACUCUCUACAAGGCAGGAUCUCAUAAUGUUCACUUAUGCUUGCCUCAGACUCUUGAAGCCAUCAAGAGGAUACGUCCAAAGCAAGCUCUACUAAUUGGAAUGACUCAUGAGUUCGACCACCAUAAGGACAAUGAAUCUCUUAUCGAGUGGUCAAGAAGAGAAGGAAUUGAUGUGCAACUGGCACGUGAUGGCUUGAGGGUUCCCAUAGAUCUGUGAUGAUUGGCAAGAUCGGAUAUUGAAUAGUCAGAUUAUAAGUAUAGACGGUUCACAAUCCAUGUUGGAUCAACGGGAUGGUGACCAUGCUCAUGCAGUUACGGAAUUUAUUGUCCGUGCCCAGUUUCAAACUAAUUUGUGGAAGGUGCUUCACAUAGCCAAGAGCACUUUGCUGACUCGACCAUCACUAUAUCAUUACCAUGUUAAUGCUCUGAGACCAAGGAGUUUGACGCCUUUGCAUAGUACGAUUUUCACCUGUUCUAUGACAUUGAUUGAAUCCCUCAAAGGAGAAGUAGAAGAGGAAACAGUAAAGGGGGAAACUUUAUAAGCAUAAGAUAGUUUUUUUACAUUCGGUGUUUGCUCGAAGCAAGGUCCUUUCAAUCAGCCUUGCAGAGGCCUUUUGGCUCUAAAUGUAAUUUGACCAUUAACAAUUCA